ACAAAAAAGAGGUCAAUGAGAUUGAGAAGCAGAAAUACGCAACAGAGACACAGUGCAAACACAGUCACAUCCGGAAUUAUUACCUUCUUAAUUAUCACAAACGCGCUUUUCAUAUUCGAAUCUCGCGCCAACAUGGCGGCCACCGGAGCCCGUCUCUUCUCCGCUGCACUCUUCCGCCGUUAUCCGCCGUCGCCGGACGGAAAAACGAACUCCCGCCGGACUCCGAUUGCGACUCCGCGCCUCGCCGUGUCGGUGGACCAGGUUCCGCCGGCGACGGUGGAGAAAGAGAAGCGUAGGGAAGAGAAGAAGAAGCGACGCAUGAACGGUUGGAAUGAGUAUUUGGAGCGGUCGAAGGAGUUGAUCAAACCGGACGGUGGACCGCCGCGGUGGUUUUCGCCGUUGGAGUGCGCUUCGCGAUUGGACAACUCCCCUCUUCUGCUCUUUUUGCCAGGGAUUGAUGGCGUGGGACUUGGACUUAUUUUACAUCAUCAGAAACUGGGAAGGAUUUUUGAUAUAUGGUGCUUGCAUAUUCCAGUCGCUGAUCGGACACCAUUUACAGACCUAGUGAAAAUAGUUGAGAGAACAGUUAGGUCAGAAUAUCAACGUUCACCAAACAGACCCAUAUAUCUUGUUGGAGAAUCUUUAGGAGCUUGCCUUGCACUGGCUGUUGCAGCACUUAGCUCUGAUAUUGAUCUUGUACUGAUUUUGGCGAACCCAGCUACUUCGAUCAGAAGGUCACACCUGCAACUUCUAACACCAUUAUUGGAAGCUUUGCCCGAUCCAUUCUCUCCUGCCCUGCCUAACAUUCUCAGAUCAACAACAGGUGAAUCUCUGAGGAUGGUGUUAGAUAAUGUGGUCCAAGGGCUCCCUCUACAAAAUACAGCUGGAGAGCUAGUGAAGGAUUUUACUACUUUCUCAUUAUCUUUGCAUGUUCUUGCUGACAUAUUACCAAAAGAAACACUUGUGUGGAAACUGAAGAUGCUUAAGUCAGCUUCUGCUUAUGCCCUUUCACGCCUUUAUGCUAUCAAAGCUCAGACUUUGAUACUUUGCAGUGGAAAUGAUCAGUUACUGCCUAGUCAACAGGAAGGUGAAAGACUACUGGAGUUACUGCCUAGAUCUAAAAGCCAACUUCGUAAAUUUAAUGACAGUGGCCAUUUCCUAUUCCUGGAGGACAGCAUUGACCUGGUAACUAUAGUCAAGGGCACUUCAUACUACCGCCGCGGCAAGUCUCAUGACUAUAUAUCAGAUUAUAUACCACCAACACCUGAAGAAGCCAGAAAAGUAACAGAAUCAUACAGUUUGUAUAACCUUGUCUCAACUGUAAUGCUCUCAACUUUGGAGGAUGGGACUAUUGUAAAAGGCCUUGCUGGAAUUCCUUCAGAGGGGCCUGUUUUGUUUGUUGGGGACCACAUGCUACUGGGAUUAGACAAAGUUCCCCUGUGGUGUAGAAUUUUUUCUGAAAGAAAUAUCGUUGUUAGAGGGAUAGCACAUCCCUUGUUUUUUAUGAGAACUAAAAAAGGAAAAUUGCCAGAUGUAUCUUAUUUUGACGGUCUCAGAAUCAUGGGUGCUGUGCCUGUAGCACCAACCAACCUCUACAAGCUUUUUUCUUCCAAGUCUCAUGUCCUAUUAUAUCCUGGAGGGAUACGCGAGGCUUUUCAUAGGAAGGGUGAAGAAUACAAGUUAUUCUGGCCUGAACAAUCCGAGUUUGUAAGGAUGGCAGCAAGAUUUGGAGCCAAAAUAGUACCUUUUGGUGUAGUUGGAGAAGAUGACAUUGGUCAAGUAGUUUUUGAUUAUGACGACUUGGUGAAAAUUCCUUACUUUAGGUCUGAAAUAGAAAGCCUCACAAAGGAGACUGCGCACUUGAGGAAUGAUGCUGGUGGUGAGGUGGCAAAUCAACAAGUGCAUUUGCCUUUGAUUUUGCCUAAAGUUCCUGGCCGGUUCUACUUUUAUUUUGGAAAACCAUUGGAAACGAAAGGAAGGGAACAAGAACUGAGAGACAAGCAGAAAUCUCAAGAGUUAUAUUUACAAUUGAAAUCUGAGGUUGAGAAAUGUAUUGCUUAUUUAAAGGAGAAAAGAGAAAGCGACCCCUACAGAGGUUUAGGGCCUCGCCUAUUAUACCAGGCCAGUCAUGGCUUUGAGUCUGAUGUUCCAACAUUUGAAAUUUAAAUGAAAAAUAAAUAUAUUUUUUUAUGUUAAGAAAA